GCCUGUCAGAAAAGCCUCUAUUGUGGCCUCCCCAGGGUAAAGGAGUGGGGGGAAGGAGCCUGCUAAUUUACUUAUUAGAAGUGUAACGAAAGGAACCUGCCUAGGACUGACGGAGCCUUUCAUGGAGGAAGCAGCAGGCAAAACCGGCCUGUCAGCUGUGAGCGGCUCCCAGGCCCUGCUCCGUUGUGGGAUAGCUCUUCUUGGCCGUCUUCCCCAGUGCAGUGAGCAGUAGAACCAGGGCACCAUUGUGCUAAGCACUGUGCAAACAUAUAAUGAAGAGAUGAGAGAACAGAUGGAUAUAACCACUAAAGGAAGUAUGAGGUACCAGUGAGACAGUUUUGAUGAGCACAUUGAUAACUCUGAGAGAGUUUCAGUUUGGCCCUCCAUAGUAUUUCUUGAUAAGAAGAUGAUGCAAGAUAGCCCAAUAUAUAUCCCUACAGAUUCAAGCCAUGGUGCUGUGGACUCUCACUUAUCCCAGGAAAUCAGCACCACUGCCUCUGAACAUCUGGAUGAGUCAAACAAUGAGAGCACAGCAAGAGAUAGUGAAGGAGAAGAAAAGAAAAUGAGGAAAAAGGCACUGCCUAUGGACUGUGCGCCAGCACCAAAUGAGAAAUUAGAACAAGCACAGAAGAUGGCAGAAAAGUUCAUUAAAGAAAAAGAGGUGUAUAAAGCCAACAGGGAACUUAUUCGAUGUGUGGCUCUGACUAGAAUUAUCUAUGGAGAUGGUCACUGGCAACUGGCACAAGCAUUCGCCAACCUGGCUCACAGCUAUUUAAUACUUCAAGGUCUUCCUGCACAGGCCAUAGAGCAUGCGGAAUCAGCCAAGCGUACCAUGUUGACAGGGAUUCAUACGCCUACAGCAACUCCAGAGGACAAAAGAGAAAUAUUAGGAACUCUUGUGACUAUCUACUUUACCUUGGGCGUAGCACAUCUGGCACAGAACAAUGGCAAAGAAUCCUAUCUCAGUCUGCAGAAGGCAGAGAGACUCAUGGAAGAACUUCAAGAACUGGAUGGGAGAGUGAUCAUGGGAUUAAAAAUAUCUGAGAAAGAUUUAGUCAUUGCAUUGGGCAGGACAUGUUUGCAGCAAAACAAGUUGGACUUUGCCACAAGUUAUUUUGAAAAAGCUGUUGAUGCAGUAAUUUCAACUGAAGGCGAUAUGGCUCCAGAACUGAUAAAUCUUUAUCAGAAAAUUGCCCAAAGUGAGCAACUGAAGAAAAACCAUGAAAGAGCCAUAGCAUAUUUAUUACAGGGCCAUUCCAUUUGCAUGGCUCUGCACAAGAAACUUAGUGUUGAAGCUGCUCAGACGGGCUUGUUGCUGGGCAAAGCUUAUGCUGCAACUGGAGACCAGCAGCAUAUUGAGGCAGCUGAAAUGUAUUUUACAGAGAGUCUGAUUGCGUAUCAGGCAGCAUUGGGUGCGAAGGAUUCCCUGACACUUACUGCCAUUGAGGAAUUCAGUAAAUGGCUUGUAUAUGUAGGGAAAAAACAGCAGGCCUACAGGCUGCUGAAAGAUUCAUUGAAGUCCAUAAUAGACACCUAUGGUGAUUUUAGUGAGAAAGCAGCUGAAACUUACCAUAUCAUGGGCAGUAUCUGCCUGGCAGAGGGAAAGAUGAGAGAGGCUUACCAGCUGUUCAAUAAGUGUUUGCAGAUUCAAAUAGCUGUUUAUGGGCCUCGCAACAGGAAACUGAAAGAGAUGCAAGAGCUCCUGACCGCAUUAGAGAGAUCUCCAGCUGUCCAUGAACGGAACAGACUUGUGAAGUAGAUGCUAAAUCAUACUGUUGGCAAAAAUCUUGGAUCCUUAGCAAUUGUGACAGCACAUGAACUCAGAAACUAAGUUGGAGGAUUAAUUGGAGAACUCAGGUACAUUGUACUUGUUAUAAUCAAUUCAACAGAAAGUUCUGUAAAUAUUUACUUUAGUUUAGGAAAAAGCAUCAACCUUCCAGGUACACUUCCCCCUCCUAUUCUCCUUUCAUUUUAUUUCUAUAUUUUUAAGGUCUGGGUCUAAUGGUAGCAUAUCAGAUGUUUUACUGAGUAUUAAAAAAAUGGGCAUAAGUUACAAAAGUCUUGCAUGAAUGACUCCCUUUAGAAAAGAUCUUUGGGUCUCUAGCUGCAACUCUGAUCUUCCUAUUUUGAUGUGACAUCAAGCUGGUAGCAUGUCUGUUGCAUUAUUUGCGAUGGCUGUGUCUGGUCAGAUUGCAAAAGAUCAGACUAUUUACCACACAGACAGGGUUGAUUAUGUCCGGAACUGGUGGGUACAUUUAUGACAGAUCAUGUCUGAAGAGAACAAAUGCAACUUCUGACUAAAGUGCAGCCCAUUUACUGCUGGAAACAUGUUUUAAUCCUGAAACUUGGAUUCACAGCUUGUAAAAUUGAACAGGGAAGUCCUGAGGGUUCACUUGUCAAUAUUAACUCAUUAAUUCAGAAGGCAAGUACCAGCUUCCCUCAAAUGAGUGGAUGUUAUGCCUUUGUGCAAGAAACUAUCUCUUGCACCGGUGAUCUUACCAAUUAGUGGCCUGGCUCUGAUCCUCCCAUUCUGAAAAAGG